AUGAUGAGUGAUAUUAAAUAUAAUUCAUUGUAUGAUAAAUACGAAGCAAUAUUCAGUAGUAUCGCUUGGUCUAAUCUUUUUGCUGAAAAUGAUAAAGUUCUACAUGAAGAUUUUAAGAAGAUUUUUCCUGAGUUACCACCAUUAACUGAACUUAAAGAUAAUGUUGAUAUGUUAAUGGUCAAUAUGUAUCCACUUUGGGAAGGAGUUCACCCUUAUCCUCCAAACAGUGCUUUGUUUAAAUUCAACGGCAGAAUUGGACAGGAGAUUCCGGAGGAAUUUCAAACUUAUUUAGACUCUUCCAAAGAUGGCGUAAUAUAUGCGAGCUUUGGAACCUCUGUUUCAUUUUCGACGCUUUCACGUGAUAUUAUAGCAUCUAUACUAAGGGGAUUUUCUACUCUCCCUUAUGAAGUUUUAUUGAAAUGUGAUACGGAUGAACUGGCAGUACUAGACAGGCCGAAGAAUGUUAAAUUGUUCAAAUUAUUACCACAACCAGAUAUUUUGAGGCAUCCUAAAAUAAAAUUAUUCAUAACGCAGGGUGGUUUACAUUCUAUUGACGAAGCUAUAGAUGCCGGUGUACCUUUAGUUGUAAUACCUACAAAAUUUGACCAAUUCGCUAAUGCAGAAAGAUGUGUUGAUAAUGGCAUCGGUGUCAAACUAGAUAUAAAUACAAUAAGCGAGCAAAAAUUAAUAGAUGCUAUUAAAACUGUUGUCGAAGAUAAAAGAUUCGGAGAUAACAUCAAAAAACUACGCGCUAUUCUUCAAGACAAUCCUAUGAAAUCUAUGGACCGCCUCUUAUGGGCCAUAGAAUAUACCACACGUCACAGAGGAGCGAAACACUUGAGAACACCAUCAGCUAACAUGUCGUGGGCUGAAUUUUUUGAAUUGGAACUGUUGGAAACAAAACGCAACGUGCCUGUUUCGCCCCAUUGUUCUGAAGAAAAGGAAGCCUGUGGAGCAUUCCAGGUUUAG